AUGGCCACCACUAACUCUCUCCACCACCACCACUCCUCCUCCUCUUCUUACCAACACCCCCGCCACAAUCUCCAUUGCCAAUCUCACUUCGGACCAACUUCUCUCUCCCUCAAACAACCCACCUCCGCCUCCACAUUCUCAUCACUCAUCUGCUCUUCUUCCUCCUCCUCCUCCUCCGCCGUCGUCUCCGCCGCUGCUACUACCACAAACGCCUCCGCCGUGACCGCUGAAACCGCGACGAAAUUCGAUGUCCUAGCGAGCCAUCUCAUCAAUCAAGAUUUCAGGAAAGCCGACGAGGAAACUCGGAGGCUUCUCAUUCAGAUAGCAGGAGAAGCCGCCGUAAAACGCGGCUACGUGUUCUUCUCCGAGGUGAAAUCGAUCUCCGUCGAAGAUCUUCAAGCUAUCGACAACCUGUGGACGAAACACAGCGAUGGGAGGUUCGGAUACAGUGUGCAACGCAAAAUCUGGUUGAAAGUCAAGAAAGAUUUCACCAGAUUCUUCAUUAAAGUCGAGUGGAUGAAGCUUCUUGACACAGAGGUUGUUCAGUACAACUACAGAGCUUUCCCUGACGAGUUCAAGUGGGAGCUUAACGAUGAAAUGCCUCUAGGACACUUACCGCUCACAAACGCGUUGAGAGGAACGCAGCUUCUGAAAUGCGUUUUGAGCCAUCCCGCGUUUGUGAUAGCUGAUGAUGAUAACGAGGAACCAGACGAAUCGGAAAACAGAGGUGGGGCUAAAGCUAAAGAACCGAAGAAAGACACGAGAAUGUUUAAAACCGAUUACAAAUUCUGA